AUGUGCAGACGUCUCACGUUCGAACAGCUGGUGCAACUGCUUGUGUUGGUGCUUCUCUUCGCCGCCAUCUUCGGCCUGUUUGCUGCAGUCCUUGCAUUGGGACACGCUGUUCAGCAGACCAUGCAGCAGACGGGACGGGCCAUUCAAGGCCGGGCCAGUUUUCUGCCAUCUCUGCAGGGAUGCCAAAGCCAGACAAGCCGUAAACCUUCAAAGUCAGUCGCCCCAACUCAAAAUAAAGCUACUGCGUCUGGACUGGGUUCCUUCUGUGGCUCUGCUGUGUGGGUGCUCAUCCGAGUGGCUUUCGCCGUCAAGACCGUGCAGUUCGUAG